AUGGAACACUUCGCGCCACACAAGUCCUCCGUCUUCGAGGGUUACUACUCCAAGUUUACCCUGCCGUCUGGGGCGUCCCUGGCGUUGAUCAUCUGCAGCGUGCCGAAAGCUCCCAAAAGGCCGCACAUGGUAUCAUUUACAUAUGUACCCAAGGACGUUUCAAAUAUUUUCCAACGAGAGCUGUGGGUUGAGAGUAUCGAUCGGGUGCCCACGGGGCCAAAUAACGCGUUCGAACUGCGCGUGCCUGGCCUGGGUUAUAUGAAAUGUGCUCCAGACUCCACCACGGAGUACAAGCUAGAACACGAGGACUUCUCUCUCAAGGGUAUCACUACGAACCGGAUUCCAUGGUCUGAGACAAGGGACACGCCGGAAGGAAACCUCGUCUACCUGCCGAUUCCGUUGCACUGGCAUGUUCAAUCACUUGGAUCAGAAUGCAAGCUCAGUCUUAAGAUUCCUUCAGGGGAUGUGCCUCCCGCAGACGCAGAGGGCAAGGCAAUGGUCCACCAGGAAAAGAACUGGGCCCAGAGCUUCCCAAGCGCACACAUAUGGAUUCAAGCCCGGGAGGGCGCACGCGGCUUCUGCCUCGCCGGCGGACAGAUUUUGGGCAUGGAGGCUUACCUUCUGGCCUACCGCAGCGAAAAAUGGAACAUCAACUUCCGGCCACCAUUCGCACUGAAAGCUCUGGGUCUCUCCCCUUUCAUGUGCGUAACGCCCAAUUGGGACAACCGGUCUUUCGAGCUCAGCGUUCAGAGCUUCCGGACGAAGAUUGUCGCGCGCGCAAAGGCUCCUGCUGGCACGUUCUUCUCCUUGAGCUCGCCUUUCCCGGAAGGUCACCGGGAGAACUACUUGGGCCAGAGCUUUCAGGCCACGCUGGAUGUUGAGGUCUAUGAGAGUGGAUGGCUUGGUCCCUGGAAUCUGGUACACAGAGAUCGCUUCGAGGGGGCAGCAUUGGAGUUCGGAGGGGAGUACUAUCCGCAACGCGGUACUGACAAGAAGAUGAAUUAG